AAUCUUUGUUAUCUAUGACUUUGCUAUUGUAUGGCAUUUGUCUCGUUAAACGAAUAAUUUUGUCGCGAUUAGAUUUGUUGUUAGGAUGAGAUGACAUUAUUUGUAUACAUUAGAGAAUUGAUAUUGCGUGCUUAUAAUCGUAUAGAUUAUUAAAUAUUGAGAAGUAUGAAAUAAUUGUUCUUUAUGUAUCUUCCUGUACUUCCUAUAUAUGUAUAUAUAUACCUAUAUAUAGGCGUAAAGAAAUAAAGAAAUAAAAUAAUAAUUCAUGGUGUUUCUAAAGUCCUCCGAUAAAAUGUUUAAUCAGCAACAAUUAUCUUUACGGUCGAUUGACACUUAUUUUGCACCAUUUUUAAAAAGCGUUUUAAAUAAAGAUAGGCUAGGAGCAGGAUGGGGUGUAAUAGGAUUGGAGUCAAUAUUUUCUAGUUGUGGAAAAACGGAAGGAGAUAGUUUUAAAUUAUCAAUACCUUAUGCCAGCCACAAUCUUGUUUGGAAUGUAUUAUUUGAUAGCCAAUAUCCAGAAUUGGGUCCUGAUUUUAUAUUCAGCGAUGAGACUUUUUUAACUGAUCCAGAUAUUGAUACUUUAUCAAUAUCCAUACCUAGUCUCGCUCAAUGGGAUUGUAAAAAUAGUAAUGCAUUGCUACAAGUUAUCAUUGAACUUUUAUCCUUUUAUAAGAAACAUCAAAUACAGUUAUUGAAAAAGCACGACCGUUUAAACUUAGAAUAUUGUAUGUUAUUAGAGACAAUAUCACCAGAUGAUAUUGAAGUUACUUUAUUACCAAUGAGUAUAAAGCCAAUUGAAGCUUGUUUUUCUAUACGCUUAGAUAUAGAUUUUUCUCAAUUGCCUACUCGAGCUAAUCAAUCUGAAAAUGAUGCUGCUAAGCUCGUUGUUACAUUUUGCGGGCCAGAUUGGAAUUGCAUAGUACCAAAUCUGUAUUUAUCUAAAAAUUUAGAAGAAACAUUUUCUGGGGCAUUUUCGUUGCAUAUACCUCAGUUUUUACCUAAUACUUAUUUAACGGCUUAUAUACCAAAAAUAAAAGAACUUAUUAUGGAUAAGAUAAAUACGAUCAAUCAGUAUUACGAAAGUAGAAAACAAUUUGUAUCCACUUUACUUUUAUUACAAAGGGACUCCAUUAUAGAGUACGAUGCUAUUGCAUUUCAAGAUAUUACAAUACUAUUAGAGCACAGAGAUUUUUACUUUUUGGUAUAUUUUCAUCUUCCCUUGAUGUUUCCCAAGGAAAAACCGGUAAUAACAUUGCAAUCUGUUUAUCAUAUGACAGCACAUGGUAAUUUGUAUUCUGAACAAUUAGAUAAUUUUAAUUGGUCAACGAUAACAAAUAUUCAACGUUGGAAUUCACGACAAGUGAUUAGUAAAAUAUUGUCACAUAUUAUAGAGAAGGAAGUUCCUAAGUUCCAAGAAAAGUCUACUAAAAAUAAUCGAUUUUAAUUCAUUGUUUCAUAAAAUAUAUCCACAUUAAGGUUUCAUGAUUUGUUAUAUUUGUAUAAAAGUUAAUAUUUAUUCCGUAAUUAAAUGAUAUUUCUCUCAUUCAUUUUAAAUAUAAUAAUAUUUUAUCUUACUUUUAAAUGUCAUUUUUUAUUAAUUGUAUUAAGUGAUUAAACCUUUCAAAUUGUAAUUAACUUUAAACUUUAUUAUUAUUUAACAUUUAAAUACAAAAAAAUAUAAAAUUAUACGAUUAGUGCGUUUAAAGCAGUCUCAUCCGAAAAUUUGUAUUGUUAUAAAUUAUAUGUUGUUAUGUGAUAUAAUAAAUUAGCGACAAAUGACGAGAAGUAUCGUUGCUCUUAUGAAUUAUUGUACCACCAUGUUAUAGUAAAAUUUGGAUUUUAAAA